AUGCUUAUUGAGAGGUUCAAGGAAAUAAGAAAUAAGAUAUACGAAGAUAUCCAUGCAGUCUCUGAGGGAGACAUAAGGUUCAUGAGGGAUGCCUUGUGCCAACAGAGCAUGGCGUACGGAAGGAUCAAGACAUAUUCUGCAGAGGACAGCAAGGUUCUGGCGCUCUUUACAUUGAAGUACAACGUUGUUGUUCUUCUAGAAUUUAUUUCCAGAAAUGGAGUGGAGCUCAACAGUGAUGUAUGCAUGGCGCUGUGCAACGUGCUGCUUGAGGGGAUUCCCCAGGUAUCUCCAGAAUGCUCGUUGGAGAUUGAGGACAUAAAGGCGCGUACUGAUGAGGUAAUUGUUGACAUCUUGUGCAGUAUCAAGGAAGGAAUACAUGCCGAGAAAAUCAAAACAUAUCUGAGCGAGCAAGAGAUCCCCGAUGGUGUUAGUGUUAAUCUUGCUGUAGCGUUUACUGCGCCAACCUGGAAGUCGUAUGAUCUUCGAGUAAUCAAUGAGCUGGUUGUUGGGCCAGUCUUAUUAGAACUGCUUCGAAGCUUCAAGGAGUCUCUUCGGCCUCAAAUAAAAGAAAGAAUACUGAGUUCCUGCAAGGAAAGGCUUAGGAAGGAGGGAGACCGAACUAUCAUAUACCAGAUAUUUUACGAACUCAACACAACCAAAGACCUUGAGCUGCUUGAUAUUGAAGAGGACGAGAAGGAGGAGGCAUACGUUGGAUUUGUAUAUUCACUCAUGGUUGAUGGGGAAAGCUGCUUGAGGGGAUAUGAAAUUUUAUCGAAGGCAAAUCUCUUCAACGACCUGAGAAAGGCUCUGGAAAUGAUAAAUGUCUUGAACCAGGCGGAAUACAAGAGGAUCCGACCGGAGGACGAGAGGCUUAUUUACCACCUCAUGCAGGUUAUUGAGAAGCUGAUGUCUUCUGAUGAGCAUGGGCUUGGGUUUGUAAGGUUAUAUUUCAUGAGAUUUGUCGAGCUGUUUUUAAACACUCUUGUAGGGCAAAUAUCGCUAAGGAUCAAGGGGUGCAUAUACGAAAUCCUCUCUUCGUUCAUGAGAGACGAAGACUCGAGAGAGACUAUUUGCGAGUUUAUGAGGGGUGUAGGGAUAUUCAACAAGGAGGCGGUUCAUUCCGACUUUGAAAAGGAACUUGUAACUAAGAGCUUUGCCAUGACGCCAAGUUUCCUCAAGUUCUGCACGUUUCUUGGAAAUGAAGAAUGCAUCAGAUUUGCCAUGCAUGCACUCAAAAGCGAAGACCCGCAGACUGUCACUAGAUGUUUCGAUGUGAUUGAAAGAUUUGCAGACAAGAGAGAUACAGAAAGUAGGAUCGGCGCCGAGUUCAUUACCUCGCAGCUCUCCCUGAUGUCUCAGCACAUCCGGGUGGCAAUGCUGAAUAACUCACAAGUCACUAAUAGGGUUGUUGAGUUUCAGCUCAGCACAGGAAUUGUGAUUGGUGAUGUAUCGAUAAUCAACGUGAUCAUGAAUACACCGAAUCCAAGGUUCUUUGAAUAUGUAAGGUUAUUUGGAGACUUUUCAUUCUUCAUGAACGAGAACUUUCUGGAAAGGCUUUCGGAAAACGAGGAGGAGGGAUUCAAGUAUCUUUAUGAGGUGACGAAGGGCAACCAUGAGGCAUGCAAGUUUGUGAUGAAUAACGAGGACUGGUUCAAUGCAUAUGUCAGGGACAAUCCAUAUGUGCAAGAAAUGGCUGUUAGGAUAUACGAGAAUCUAGUUGAUUAUGAUAUUGAGAAUGUGGAUGUUAGCUUUGACAGGGGAUUCAUUCUGCCGGACAUAUCCCACCCGUCUAUCUUCAGAAUCCUCAGUAAGCUAAUUCUCUAUUCCGUUUACACAAGGAAGAGCCCAUACUCAAGAUACAUCACAGACAAAGACUAUGUCCUAGACAGCACAAACAUCAACGAGUAUUGUUUGUAUAUCAAGUGCAGGAUAGUUGUGGGGGACAAUGUCGAAGACAGGAUUAAGUAUCUUAUGAAGCAGUACACGGGAAUAGAAGAUCUACUCGGAUACUACGAAGUCGCUACGGGGAUGUCUCUGAACGUCUCUUCCUCAAAGAACCUUUUGAUAAAUAUCGGAAAGAAGGACACAGGAAUGUUUAUCAACAUGUUCAGCAAUGCCAGUAACUUCGAGAAGUUUCUCCUGUUCUUCUUCAUCGGAGACAUCAAUGCAGAAAACAGCAAGGCGAUUGAGGGAAUAGUCAAGGAAGAAAUCACAAGAAUAAUGGUGUCAAAGUCCUCGAGCCCGUCGGAAAAGAUGAUUCUGAGGCAAUGCCUAAUAACGCUUCUGUCCCUCAAUAACAUAGACUCGAUUGUCAGGUUGAUAGGGGAGUACGAUGACAUCGACCUACUUCUGAAGGUUAAUAUAAGAAACCUUCUGUGUGGAGGAUCCUAUUUUAACAGCUCACUAAUAAUGAAGGGCUCAUUGGAAUUGCAGGUCUAUGCAGUCUUCUUACUCUACUACAGGUCUAUUUGGGAUUUGUCUGCCCUUAAAGACUGGAUCUUGUAUCUUAGGAGAGAAUGCAAGGAUAACGACGACUUGGAGUAUCUGAUAAGCGACAUCAGGAAUAAGAGCAUAAGGAUUGAACUUGAAUAA